AGUUGUGUAUUGCCAGCUGAGGGCGCGGACGCGUGGGUGGCGCCAUCUUGCAGAUACUUCACGUAAUCUAUGACACAAAAAAGAGGUCUUGCCACCAAGACAGCAAAAUGACGGCGAAUGGAAAGAUUGAGAAAGGGACUACAGCUGGCUUGACUGCUACGCUCGAUGAAGCAAUGAUGUUGACUGGGUUUGGCGCAUACAACAUAUAUCACAUGCUUCUAAGCGGUAUUAUCCUGAUGGGGGUAAUCCUUCAGAACCUCGGUCUGGGCUACGUGUUGCCAGCAGCGCAGUGUGACCUUGAACUGACCAUGCAACAAAGAGGCUGGCUGGCUGCAUUACCAUUCUUAGCCGUAAUCCUGACUUCAUACUUCUGGGGCUGGUUAGCUGACACCCGCGGACGUCGUCCCGUGAUGCUCUACUCGAUGCUUAUUUCCGUUUUCACGUCUGUGUUCGCAAGUUUCGCGCCGAAUUUAACCUUAUUUGCUAUGCUGCAAUUCUUUUCGGCCAUUUUCAUGUCGGGUCCUACAGCGGUUGUGUACACGUACCUCGGCGAAUUUAACAACCUCCGUCACAGAGACAAGAUGAUCGCUUUUGGAUCGUCCUUCGUGGGGAUUGGUACAGUGGUGUUACCGGUUGUAUCCUGGCUGAUUCUCCCCCUAGAGUUCUCCCUGCCAAUCGAGUUUCUGGGCAUUACGUACCGAUCUUGGAGGCUCCUGGUAGUGGCCUGCGCCGUACCUUACUUCAUCAGCUCUAUACUGCUAAUAUUCGCACCUGAGAGUCCCAAGUUUCUGUACUACGCUGGUUACCAUGAAGAGUGCUUGAAAGUCUUAAGGAGUAUCUACGCGACCAACAAGUGGAUGCCUGCCGAUAGCUUUCCAAUUACAAAUCUAGUGAUGGAAGCACAGCCAUCAAAACAAGAGGAAACAAAAGGCAAGCCCACGAUUUUAGAAUCAAUGAGGGAUCAGACCGUGCCGUUGUUCCGACCGCCACUUUUGCCUUGGACUGUACUUAAUUGUUUCGUCCAAUUCGGAUUAUUUGCCACCACCAAUGGCUUCUACGUGUGGGUCCCAACUAUACUAAACUCCAUGGCCAACCACGGAGAAACUGAUAUGAGUAUAUGUGACAUAUUGGAUGCCACCAAAGUGACUGCGGACAACGAGACAGCGAUCGUGUGCAACGAUACUAUAAACACAGCCACCUUCGAGCAGUCCAUCUACAUCGGCCUCGUGUUCUGCUCGAUGUACAUAAUCGUGGGAUUCCUGGUGGACUUUGUGGGCAAGAAGACGAUCCUCGUGUGUGUGCUUAUCGCAACGGGACUGUGCGGGGUGGGCGCGCACCUGGCGCCUGCGGUGAGACCAGCGGUCGUGCUCUUCGCGAUAUUCCAAAUGUCGGGAGCCUGCAUCGGCCUUAUGAACGCGGUCAGUGUCGAACUCAUCCCGACCAUGUACCGAGCAAUGGCCAUUUGCUUGGGCAUGAUGAUGGGCCGCAUGGGCUCCAUGGUGGGUUCAAAUCUAGUCGGCUACUUCCUUGAGACCAAUUGCGGCGUUAGCUUUUAUCUCUUCGGAGGGCUUACAAUCGUCUGCGGUGUUCUUUGCUUAACUCUGCCAAAUAAAAAGAAGGUGUCAGCCGAAAAACAAACAGUGGAGCCGGUUCAAAAUGAAACCCACGAACCGGUUUGAAUCUGUUCCAAUCGGUCUCAGGAAACCGUUUCUGUAAAAUAAUACUCGGAUUUAAGACACCACUAAGAAGCUUUAAGAAGUUUAUAAAGGAUUUUUGAAAUUUUUGAAAUGAGACAAUUGAAUAAAUAUAUUUUUCUGAAUUUAUUUUACGGCAUGGCUCUAAAGUAUAUUAUGUAGUUAAAUUUUUAUUUUUGUUUUAAGAUCACUAUAUCAUUUAACUAGCUGAUACCCGCUCGCUUCGCUGGGCGCACGAUAAUAGACGAUACCUAACUAGUAACGUAGAUAUAAAAUAUCAAGAAUUUUUUAUGCGUUUAUUGUAAAAUCCGUUCUUAGUGAGGAUCAUAGACUUAGAAUACACUGACGUAUAGACCAACAUAGUGUGCAAGGGAGAAGAAAAAUUCUUAUGGCAAAAAUGCAAGAUAGAAAAGGAUACUAAAUCUCAUGACUCUGUAACCAAUUUUUAAUGACAGAUUGGUACAAGUCGGCACGCAAGAAAUAGCUCCUAGAUAUUUUAUUUAUAUUUUUUUAUAUUUUUAUUUUGAGCAUAGAAUUAUUACGCAUAGAAUACUAGUACGCGCACAGAAAUUGAAGCAAGUUAAACUAACGCGAAACCGCGUAAGUUCACUUAGCGACGCGUCAAUGCGCAACGUUAUGUUUUACGGAGAAGAGCUCGCGAAAAAUUGUAAAAAUGACCGUUUUUGUUGUAAAAUAUUGUCACAACAGUGAUGGUAAACAUAAAAGAAGUGAUGGUACUGCAUUUUACAUACAAGUAUAUAUAUUUAAUUCGUUAUAAGUACGUAAACCUAAAAAAAAAUACUUACCUAAAGUAUAAUAAUACAAAUGUUGCUACUUGUGGGGCAAAAAUCACAAUUUUCUUUUAAAAAUAUUUAUUUUCUAUUUGUGUUUAAAACGUUUAAUCGCAACGCUCUGUGUAAAACUCAAAUGUUUAUAUAUAGACACCUACUUCUCUAAGUAUUAACAUAAUAUUAACAAUGGGUGCCUAUUUAAAACUAAUACGGAGUUAUCAGCUAAUCACGAUUCGCCCACACCAUUUUAACGCAACUACGAGUAUUUUAUUUUAAUUGCUUUGUUUAUUGACUAUGUCUACGUUUUAAAGUAUAGAAUAAAAGCUUUUCUAUUUACAACGUCAAGAUAAUAAGAACGCCUUUACUAACCAGAUGUCACUUUAAACCCAAACAUUAAGCAGAUGUUAUUUUAGACUCAAACAUAGUCUAUUUUAAACGACUCCCAAAAAGGAGAGGUUAUCAAUAUGUAUGUACACUGAUUUCUAAGACAAUUUUAGAUUUACUAGUUUAUGUCGUAUCACUACGCUUGAGAGUUCAUGUUCUGAACAUUUAUUAGUGGCCCUUCACUGUGUAGGCAGCGCGCGGUAGCAUAUCAUAGCGGUAGGUAAUACUACGUAACAUAUAGCGAAUUUUUUUUCAGACUUUAUCAUAGUAAUACGGUAUAAGCUAGUCUGUACGCCCGACCUACUUGGGAGAUAUUGCUAUUGGUUAGAGAUCACAUUCGAGUUUUGUUUUUCUCGAGUGUAAAUCUGCCACUUUUGCAUCCUAAUAAUUAUUAUUUUAAUAAAAUAAGUACUACCAAGACAAAAUAAUUUGACUUCGGGAAAACAACCAUUAAAAGAGCAAUGGCAGAAAAAUAGUUGACAAAAAUUAUAGCGUCUAGAAAUAAGUUAUAUAUAAAAUGAGUUUUAUUAUUUUAAAUGUAUUUCAAUUAAAGCCACAGAAAAAAAGAAACAUUUUUAGGAAUAUCAAAUGACUUAAAUCAUUUUACUCUAUUCAAAUGUUGCCACUUAGUAUAUUCAUACUAUUUUCGUAUACACUUUGUAAGACUACCAACAUAUUUUUAUAUAAACACACAAAAUAUUUUUAUAUUAAGUUAUUAUUAGUAAUAACUGUACUAUCAGUAAUAAUAAAAAUAAAAGUGAUAUGGCUAAGAAUAAGUCUCUUACAAAGAAUUUCCUACAAUAAUACAUUAUCUCAAUCAAAGUACCAUGUAACAAUUCCAUUUAAUGUUAUGCCAACACUAGCUAAAAUAAAAUGUCACUGUUUUUUUACUGGCUUAACGGCUCUGGGUUCUAGCCCUUCUGAGAAUGUCACUAUGAUACAAAAGCCCUGGAGUCAUGCCAGAAAUAUACAUUUAUAUAAUGCAAAUAUAUAAUAGAGAUACAAUAAUCUAAAAACUCUCAAUUAUGUAUUAUGUAUUAAGCUAACAUCAAACAACCACAGGAAGCAUGACUUUUUCCAAGUGACAUAGGACAUAACCUAAAAAGGUUCAAAUCUUUUUUUUGACGCCUUCUCAGGACAAAAUUCUUUGACAGAGUUAUUAAGGGCCUGACGUUUAACAUUUUAAGAUAUUUUUGGUAUAUAGACGCUACCAUUUCUUCUAAACUAAUUUUAUGUAUGAAAGUCUGCCAUUGUUCUUUCAGCGUGUAUAUUGGAUCAAUCUGUGUGUAUAUCCUUAC